GAGAAUGACGUUAAGUUUAAGGGAAAGUUACUAGCGUGCUUGUUUGCGUUGUUCCACCGCCAUGGAUACCCCGCCGCCGCAACGACCACAAACACCUUUCACUCCUCCGAUGCCGCGCCAACCGGAUUCCACCUCCUCGAUUCUCGUCCCCUUCCUCAUCUUCCUCGCCAUUGUCGCCAUGGUUCUGGUUCCUUCGGGAUCACCAUCCUUCAAAAAUUCAUUAUCCAUUCUGCACCAAGUUCCGGAAGGCCAUGUGGGAGUAUAUUGGAGGGGAGGUGCCCUUUUGAAAACCAUUUCGGAUCCAGGUUUCCAUCUAAAAAUGCCUUUCAUAACUCAGUAUGAACCUGUACAAGUGACACUUCAGACAGAUAUGGUGACAGAUAUACCAUGUGGUACUAAAGGUGGUGUCAUGAUUAAUUUUGGGAAGAUCGAGGUUGUUAACCGACUCAGCAAAGAAUUUGUCUACGAGACAUUGCUCAAUUAUGGUGUGGAGUAUGAUAAGACAUGGAUAUAUGAUAAAAUUCAUCAUGAGAUUAAUCAGUUCUGCAGCUCUCACAGUCUUCAACAAGUCUAUAUAGAUGUGUUUGAUCAGAUUGAUGAAAAGAUGAAAGAUGCUCUUCAAGUUGACUGCACCCGCUAUGCUCCGGGUAUUGAGAUCAUCAGUGUCCGUGUAACAAAACCCACAAUUCCGGAUAGCAUAAGACGAAACUUCGAACAAAUGGAAGAGGAGCGUACUAAGGUCUUAAUUGCUAUUGAGAAGCAGAAAGUAGCUGAGAAGGAGGCAGAGACAAUCAAGAAGAUGGCUAUUAGUGAGGCUGAGAAGAAUGCUAAUGUUAGCAGGAUCCUUAUGGAGCAAAAGUUGUUGGAAAAGGAUAGUGCUAGACGACAAGAAGAAAUCGAGAAUGCAAUGUAUCUGGCACGUGAAAAGAGUCUUGCAGAUGCAGAUUUCUACCGUGUAACAAAGGAAGCUGAAGCAAACAAGUUGAAGCUUACCCCUGAAUUUCUUGAGCUUAAGUUUAUCGAGUCCAUUGCUAAUAAUACGAAGAUUUUCUUUGGAGACAAGGUUCCAAACAUGAUUUUGGAUCAGAGGGUAUUUGGAAACUACCUUCAUGAAGUUUCUAGAGGGGCAGCUAAGAUGGUCAAGGUCGAUGCGUAAAUUGUUAGAAGUUAGAUGCUCAGAAAUCGGAAGUCUCAGCUAAGCAUUGCCAGGAUUUUGUAGAAGAUUCAAACGCCGAGUUAUCUUUUACAGAACGGGAAGAAAGAGAAGAGAAGAGAGUUUGACGAAGUUUAUCGUUUUCUUUUCAAGUGGGAGAGGGGUGUGUAAUGUAGAUAGCUAGUGUUAAACCCGUGCGGGCUUAUAUUUUAAUUUUUAU